AUGACAUUACCAGUCCCAUCUGGCUGUUUUAUGCCCAUCUUUGUCCUUGGAGCAGCUAUCGGUCGGCUUAUGGGAGAGAUAGUUGCCAUUGCGUUCCCAUUUGUACUGGGCUGUGCUCAAAACAUUUACCCUGGAGUUUAUGCGGUUGUUGGUGCGGCAAGUUUCUCUGCCUCUGUCACGCAUACAGUUUCUGUGUCAGUGAUGAUAUUUGAAAUUACAGGACAACUGCAUUAUAUCUUGCCCGUAAUGGUAAAAAGGGAAGAGUUUGGCGAAACUUAA